UUCUCUGUCCGGCGCCGAGGAACACUUGAAAUCUCUCGAAUUUACCUGAAUUUCUCUCAUCCCAGGGACCUUCGUUGGUGAUCGCUUCAAAAUGGAUUUCCUGGCUAUCGCGAACCAGUUUGUCGAGCAUUAUUACAGGACCUUCGAUACCGAUCGCAAGGCACUGGCGGGUCUCUACAGGGAGAACUCGAUGUUGACGUUCGAGGGGACGCAACACCUCGGUGCUCCGAGCAUUGCGGAGAAACUCACGAAUCUCCCGUUCCAAAAGGUCACGCAUCAGUCUGCCCCACCUGAGGCUCAGCCUACCGCCAACGGAGGCAUCAUCAUCCUGGUUACCGGGCAGCUGGUGGUUGACGAUGAGUCGCGCCCGCUUCCUUACUCGCAAACUUUCCAUCUCUGCCAGGACCCUGCCGGCCAGUGGUUCGUCUACAACGACAUCUUCAAGCUGGUCCUUAUGUAAGCAGCGCGCUCGCUGGCGGACAGACGGCCGGGCACCUUUGCUCCUUGUAACGAGGCUGCAUCUAGACUAGACAAAACUGCGAGACUCUGGUGCGUCUUGAUCUGGUGGAUUAGUGAGGAUGAUAAAGUGCGCCGGAGACAACUCGUAUUGGGUUAUUGACGGCGCCUUCGCGGGCUCACGACACGGAUGGAUAUUGCGGCGCACACAACGUCGAGACAGGUGUAUGGCAAAGCGGAGUUCUUGACCGUGUCGUUUGGGUUGAUAUCAGAUGGGUAUCCUGAACAAAGAAUGCGUCUGCUUAUAAAAAACCAGCUCCGUAACUACACAGUAUGGUGUGAUAAGCAUUGCUCAUGUCCCUACCUCCAGGGCUACUCCGCCCAAGGUGCCGCGUAACCGCUUGCACGUCAGC